CUCAUCGAUCGAGUUCAGCUCAGCUCCAAGUUCAUAAAGUCCUGUCCUCGUGUGUGCAUUUUACCAAGUGUUACAUCAGGUUAUUUGUGUUUAAUAGGUUCUCUCCAUCCCCAAAUUGUUUGUCUCCUUGAAACAUGGCGCAAUUCAACGUGAAUGACUUGCUCGGUCGCUUGGGCAAGACACCGAAAGGAGUAAAUACUGGUAUUACACUACUUGCUAUGGCUGGAGCUUCUGCCUACGGAGUCAGCCAGUCAAUGUUCACCGUGGAUGGUGGUCACAGAGCCAUUAUUUUCAGUAGAUUGAGUGGUGUCCAGAAAGAGGUGUACGCUGAAGGAUUACAUUUUAGACUUCCUUGGUUCCAAUACCCAGUCAUCUACGAUAUCCGGUCUCGACCAAGGAAAAUUUCCUCCCCUACUGGCUCAAAAGAUUUGCAAAUGGUUAACAUUUCUUUAAGAGUUCUCUCAAGACCUGAUGCCGCUAGCCUACCUGUUAUGUAUCGGCAGUUAGGUUUGGAUUAUGAUGAGAAAGUUUUGCCUUCAAUUUGUAAUGAAGUACUUAAAUCGGUCGUAGCCAAAUUCAAUGCCUCUCAGCUGAUUACUCAGAGGCAGCAGGUUUCUUUACUUGUCAGGCGAGAACUUGUUGAGCGAGCCAAGGACUUCAACAUAAUUCUUGAUGAUGUUUCCAUUACAGAACUCAGUUUUGGCAAAGAAUACACAGCUGCAGUUGAAUCUAAACAGGUUGCCCAACAAGAAGCUCAGAGAGCAGCAUUUGUUGUUCAGCGUGCCAUUCAGGAGAAACAACAGAAGAUUGUCCAGGCUGAGGGAGAAGCUGAAGCUGCCAAAUUGUUGGGUCAGGCUAUUGGUAUGAACCCAGGUUUCCUUAAGCUGCGUAAAAUCCGCGCUGCACAAACUAUUGCUAAAACUAUGGCCAAUUCUCAAAACAGGGUGUUCUUAAGUGGAUCCAACCUGAUGAUGAACAUUGGUGAUCCUGCAUUUGAUGAGGCCAGCGAGAAGCUUCUCAAAAGCGCUACUCUCGGGGGGCGCGGGGCUACUGUAGAGGGAGUCGUGAGCCAAUCUGCAGCCACAGCAGCCGAAAUUUUGGUGCGACCGACUCAAUAAAUCUGAGAUAAAAGGAUCUGUCAAGUUGCAAUUUGUUGAGCUACUUUGUCGGGCCAUGUCAGACACACACCAAAAUGACUGAAGAAAGAUUUGUGAAAAAGCUUGGAAUUUCUUUUGGAAAUCUUUGAACUUUGCGGCUUAUGAACUCUAUGCAUGAUGUACUUCAAAUUAGGAAUUGAUCUCUUGUUUGUGUAAACCAGUUUUUAAUUUUUACCCAUAUGUAAUGCUCUUGCAUUUGUAAUGUCAAUAGGUAUAGUAGUGUCUUAUAUUUUCAUGUUUCUGAAAAAUCUGUAUCAGUCAGAUUUUUGUUAUGCUUGUAGAGUAGUUUGGAGUCCAAAUUGAAUCUAAUU